AUGCAACCGUUUGGUCAACCACAGAUUGUGCAGAACCGUGGGUACGGUGGCUACAAUGCCUAUAGCCAUCCGGGCUACGCCGCUCAGCAAUACCCUGCUCCUGCCCAGUACUCACAGGGAGGCUACUACCCCCAGUAUUCGCAGGGGACCUACAACCCGGCACUUUUUCAGGGAUUUCAGGGACCUGUGCCAGGGCAAGUCAACCGCGGAAGAGCCCUUUACUCUGGUGGUCGCGGAGUUGCUGCUUGCUACGGACGUGGGGCGUACAAUACGGGCGCGGCUGGCGACCGAGGAAGGGGUGGAUUUGGGUUUCGUGCACGACGAAAGAAGCCUUUUGUUGGUGGUUCAUUGGAAACACAACGACAGUGGGAGAGACAGACAAUCUGUUGCUUUUACUUGCAAGGAAGCUGCAAGUUUGUUGAUGCGUGUCGUUUUCUCCAUGAAGACGACGGAAAACGGCCUUGUCAAUAUGGCGCUCAAUGCCGAGUAGGACAUGCACCCCGUGCAAAGGAGAGCAACGGUACUGCAGAUGAGGAACACCUUGCUUCACACACAGGUGGUGAUCUUCAGGAUUCGGCUGAGCAUCAACCACAAACUGCUGCGGACUCUGCAUAA